AUGCACCAACAACAGGUUGUAUUGAGCAGUUCCAAGCACCUUGAUAAGUCCUAUGCAUACAAGUUUCUUCACCCCUGGCUUGGUACGGGACUAUUGACAAGCACUGGAAAUAAAUGGCGUGCAAGGAGGAAGUUAAUAACCCCGACAUUUCACUUCACAAUUCUGACAGAAUUUCUGGAGGUUAUGAACGAACAGACCAGUGUAUUACUGGAAAAAUGGGAGAAGAAAGUGGGAAAGGGACCUUUUAACUGCUUUACUGAUGUCACUCUUUGUGCAUUGGACAUUAUUUGUGAAACUGCUAUGGAUAAGAAAGUCUAUGCUCAGAAUAACAGUGACUCGGAAUAUAUUCGUGCAAUUUACAAGAUGAGUGAUUUGAUCCACCGCAGACAGAAAAUGCCUUGGUUUUGGCCUGACUUCAUGUUCAACACAUUCGGUGAUGGAAAGGAACAUGAUGAAGCCCUCAAAAUUCUGCAUGCCUUUACAGAGAAGGUGAUUAUAGAGAGGUCUUGCAAAACGGAAACUUCUGAAGAAUGUAGCAGUUCCAAUCUGGAUUUAGAGUCUGAAUCACAGAGGAAAAAGAAGCGCAAAGCAUUUCUUGACCUGAUUCUCAGCGCAAUGGAUGAAGAUGGAAAGAAACUGAGUCAACAGGACAUUAGGGAAGAAGUGAACACAUUCAUGUUUGAGGGGCAUGAUACCACAGCGACUGCAAUAAACUGGACCCUUUACCUCUUGGGAACCCAUCCUGAUACACAGAAGAAAGUUCAUGAAGAGCUGGAUGAUAUUUUUGGUAAUUCUGAUCGUCUUGCUACAAUGGAAGAUCUGAAGCAUCUCCAGUUUCUGCAAUGUGUUAUUAAGGAGUCUCUGCGCUUGUUCCCUUCUGUUCCAAUUAUUGCACGUACUUUGCAUGAGGACUGUUAUAUUG